CUGGAGGCAGCUCUAACCCCUCCCAGGGAGGGAGCUGGGCAGAGGCAGCAGAGAGCCUGCAGCAGUGACUGCCUGAUCAGGGACAUCAUCCUACCAAACCGCGGUCCCUCCUGCUCACAGUAGAUCCCAGCAGCUGGAAUCCACAGCAAGAAGCUCUCUGGCCAGCUUUGCUGAACCCCUGUAUCCAGCUCACCCCACCAAGGGAUCAACAUGGUGGCCACCUGCCUGCACCUGGCUGGAGUUGUCUGCAGUUUUGUAGGGUGGAUUGGGGUGAUCGUGGCAACGUCCACCAACGACUGGGUGGUGACUUGCGGCUACACCAUUACCACCUGCAGGAAAAUGGAUGAGCUGGGAUCCAAGGGGCUGUGGGCAGACUGUGUCAUGGCCACGGGGCUCUACCACUGCAAGCCCCUCGUGGACAUCCUCAUACUGCCAGGUUAUGUUCAAGCAUGUCGAGCUCUGAUGAUCGCCGCCUCCGUCCUGGGUCUCCCCGCUAUCUUCCUGCUGAUAACGGUCUUGCCCUGCAUCCGGAUGGGCCACGAGCCUGGAGCUGCCAAGUACCGGCGGUCCCAGCUGGGGGGGAUCCUCAUCAUCCUCCUGGCCAUGUGCGGUGUGGUUGCGACCAUCUGGUUUCCCGUCUGCGCCCACCGCGAGACCACCAUCAUGAGCUUUGGCUACUCCCUCUACACGGGCUGGAUCGGCUCUGCCCUCUGCCUCUUCGGCGGCUGCGUCAUCGUCUGCUGCUCAGGAGAUGCCCAGACGUUUGGUGAGAACCGUUUCUACUACGCCUCGGGAUCCAGCUCCCCCACCCACGCGAAGAGCGCUCACGUGUAGGCGUCCCGGGGACGUCCCGCGGCUGCCGUCCGAUGCUUUGGCUGGUGGGUUUGUGUGCCCUGGGUUUGCUUCUGCUGACAGACACCGCUGUCAGGCCCCCAGGGGAAGAUUUAGAAAAGCAGCACAAAUGUCUGGUAGUUUGAAGCGUUGUUCUCCCCGUCUGUUCCCCCCUUCUCUAGAAAAGAAAGCUCCAGCCGGCCCUACCUCUUAGUCCUCUCCAUUUUGUCCUGACCACCUGUCCCAUCUUCUUGCAGCCAGGAUGACUCAGAUGGUUUGGAGUUGUCACAUGGGUUUUAGGGUUUUUAUUUUAUUUUGCAGCUCCAUAAAACAGAAAAAGACAGAGGCACUUUCCCAUUGUUAGAAGGACUCUGGCAGCUUCUCCCACCGGAUCACUAUUUGCUUUCCCCUCUUCAAGGUCACUGCUUUGGCACGGUUUGGGCGAGAGGGUGGAAGGCUGAACUCUCCAACCAGGCAAAUGUUUCUCUUUUGGAACAAGAGUAGGGGAAUUUUUUUCUGCCUUUCUUUGUAAAUACUUUUGUAUGAGUCUGAUCAUUUUAGUAACAGUAUUUCCCCCCACCCCCACAGUCAUCAGUAUGAAGGAAACGGAACCCAAAGGUCCUAAUGACACGGUAGAUAACAGUGCCUUUUUAUAUCGUUUAAAUGACUUUGGGGGCUCUAAUCCCCACUCUCUGGUUUGGUUUAUUUUUUUUUGAUUUGUACAGAUCAGUUACUAAAAAUGUAUUUUUACAUUUUUUUGAAACUCCUUGCUUUCUUCCUCUAAAUUUUGUGUUCUCUCUUGCAUCGUUGAAGUAGCACAUUUUAACACACAAUGUAAUGUACCGGUUACAAUACAAUUCUGGUGAAUACUGAUGAUGCCUUUGUACUUUCAGUGAGAUACUGUACAAUAAAUAACAGAGUACCUGCAACCACUGGCUGCUUUUUUUUUUUUUUUUUCCUUCCUUCCUGUGUGUUUCCAUAGCUAGCUUUUCCAUGACAGGGAUUUCCUAACGAUUUUGAAGAAUUUAUUAUUAUUUUAUAGCAGUUCAGGAUGAGAGAUUGUGCUCUGCUGUGGAAUUAAGUGGGCCUUUUGGUUUGUUUUUUUAAAAAAAUAUUUAAAAGAUGAGGAAUCUUCCUGCGUGUUACUGACUGCUGCUUUAUCCAUUCAUUCUUUCAAUGUUCCUGAUGGCAGCUUGCACUAGAGGUAUCAGCUCAUGGUGCUUUUGAUAUCAGGGAGACUUAGAAACCCACUGUGUGGUGGGAAUGUCUCCCCAGCACUGCCUGGGUGUGCUGAAGCUGGCAAUUCCUGCUGCUGGAAGUGCUUGUAACAAAAAUAAGAGUCUGACCUGGGGUUUUCACUCUGAUUGAAACCGUGUAAGAUCAAGAUCUAACUCCGUCCUUACCAGAGGCUGUAGCAAUUUAAUUACAUGGAUACAACAUCCCAUCUGUCCCUGGAGAUGUUAAAUCAGCCAGGCCUCAGGAGCAGGCAAAGAGGAAUAGCUGCUGUUCAAGCACAGACAAAGGGGAAGCCCAGGUGUAGGAGGAGAAGGACUGAGCAAGUGGAGGGGAGGACCAGCCAAAUUGUUUGUGGUGGUGGAGAAGAGUUUGAAAACAAGGCUGCCAGUCAAGCCUCGGUGGAUUAGGGGUGUCCUUUCAUCUGGGUCUGUGCCAGGUGGAGAACCCAAACAGGGGGGACACGGUGAUGGGCAAGGGCGCUGCAGCUCCCACACCUCACCUCCAUGCGGAAAGCCGAGGCCGGAGCAUUUAAAAGGAAUGAAAAAGGAGGCUCCAAGAGGGGAUGGGUUGUGUCCCGGGCUGCCUGAGCGUCCCCCUCCACCUCCAACAUGCGACCCCAGCAUCUGCCUUUCAGACUGAGCAGCCUUGAACACAUCUCUGUUGCGCGAGCUCGGCGUCGCUGCCACCCUACCCUGCGUCCCCGGGCGGGCAGCAGGACACGCUGCCCAUGAGCUCACAGGCAGGGCACAGGCAGUUGUUGUACGCCUGGAGGGACGCUCUAAGUGCUGCCAUUGAUGUGCGGGUGCCACGGGCCAAGGGUCGGUGCAGAGACGUGCCAGCUUGUGCAGGCUGCCCGGGGAUUGUGGAUUGUGCAGCUUAACCCCGGGGCUGGCAGCAGCGUGGGAGACCUCAGAGCAGAAAGCUGCUGGAAGGCUGCCCUGCCAACCACCCUGGAGCAAUCCAGGAGGGAAAAGCCCAGGGAAACCUGUCUGAGAUGCUUAAGGGUUGGGGUUUUUAUUUUUUGGCAAGGUGUUGGUGUUGCUGUAGGGGCUUGGGCAGCAGUGCAUGACCAGAUGAGGAAUGAGCCCUGCCAGGCAGCACUUCUGGGGUUUGGGUUUCUUUGGUUCCCACGCCCUUGGGCUGUAUUUCAGCAUCUUCAGGCACAUGGGGCAGAGGCUGGUGCUGGGGCUCUGCUCACCCUGCCCCAGUCACAGGUUGCUGGCAGCCCAUCCUGAAUCCAACCCUUAAAAAGCCCUGGGCAAGCUGCUCGGAGGAAGGAAGAAACUUUAUUUCAGGGAAGAGGCGAAAAAUCCAAACAAAGCAAAACAAGCCCAGAGCAGCUGUGGUGAAAACGGACAUCUGCAGCCAUGGGGCGUGAGGAGCUGGGGCCAAGAACAGGACAGGAUAUUAGUGCUGGCACCACAGAGGGGAAGUGUUUGGAGGCAGUACAAAGAACAUGAAGUGUUUCUAGUUUUUACAGGAUCAAAGCUGGAAUACCUGCUUUGCACCCUCCCAAAACACUCUACUCCCCCGUGGGGCUCUCCUGGGCGGGGUUGGCCACCCUGCUGUUGGGUCUUCAAGGUUUUUGGUGUUCAUUUGCUGUCCUGGAGCCUCAAAAUAGAGUCAAAUAUAAUUCUCCUGAUUGGAAAAACUGCUCCACACUGUGCCUAAUAUUGGCUGUGGAGCAGUGGGAGUGAGCUCUGGUGGUCACCAUGGCCUGGAGGUGGUGGUCCCAGUGCCCCAGUGGAGCCCUCCCCAGCUCCACCAGGACCAGUUAUGGUGAUGCACACCUGGUAGCCUCCCCUUCCCCACAUUCCAGGAAUAACAGGAGGGAGCUGAUGGGGGAAUCCUGGUGGCCUUGAGUACCAGGCCAGAGGUGGCCGUGGUCCCACAAGUGACAUCUGCAUCACUGCUGGAAAAGAUGUUGGCACUCCCUAGGACUUCUCACUCAUUUUAGGUUUUUUUUUUCUUUGUUGUUAUUUUGUGGUUUGUUGUGGGGUUUUUUGUGUAAACUGGUAAACAUUUUUUUCACAACAGUGCAAGUAAAUACCAAAAGCAGCCCACUGAAACAGAUUUUCUACAUGGGAAAUUUUGAAGCACUUAAGGCAAGAUUUGUUGAUCUCUAGCUUCAAUUUAGCAUUGAAAAGAUACCAGAUCUUCAGGUACUGAUUGGCUUAACAAAAUUCAUGUGGGAAAUGUUUUUUUAUUUUUAUUUUUUUGUUUUAGUCUUUAAUUUAAAAGGUUUACAUUACUAUGGAAACUGAUACUAAGACACAUUUGUCUCUGGCUUUCUUUAAAAAUCCAGUAGUUCCUGUUUGAUUUUUAAAUGUAAAGGCACACAAUAAAGCUUUAUGCAUUUAUUAAAAUAUACAGAUUUUGGUAAAUUUAGAUUUUUUUUUUUCUUGGUAUCUUGAUUAUAUAUAUAUAUGUAUUUAUAUGUAUAGUUGUCAACUACACAAUCUUUUGAAAAUAAAAGUCACUCCAUAACAUAUCUGCAUAUUUUUUCUUUCUCAUGACACACCACAAGACCCCAUUGUACAAUGCACCAAUGGGCUUUUGGAAACCACCAAAAAAAAAAAAAAAGAAUAAAUAGAACAAACUUUUUUUUUUAACAAAUACACCAAUUUCAUACCAGAACCGCAGAGAACUGAUACACCAGAAAGGACCAUCUGCAAAAAAAGAACUAAAAAAAAAAAAAAAAAAGCAAGAUACACAUCAGAAAGACUGAACAAAACGAAGGGAAGUUCAUUUACAAGCUGGAUUUACAAUGUCCUGUGUUGUUUGGGGUGUGAUUUCUCUGCCAUGUGGAGGGUGCUGA